AUGCAGAUGAUGAGUUUCUAUGCUCCCAAGAACCCUAUCAAAGGUGCAUACUUUAUGGCGCACUUUAAUGGCACUGAUGAGCCCUAUAUUUUUGAGCGUGACCUCGUCCCACCACCUCCAGAGCUGCAAGCCAUGCUGUUUGGCUGGAUCGAGCAAGUUUUUGAUGGACAUGAUGACAGUGUUGUUGAGGCCUGGCACAAGAACUGCAUGGAGGAGAUGACAGGGUACGACCCAGACAAAGUCCGUGAAGAUGAUGUUUUCUUUGAGGCCAAACCCGAUAUCCCAGCAGCACAGUCGGGACUCGAGCAAAGUGCGCACACAGACAAGGUUGCAUUCCUGAAGCUUAUGGUGCGCAUGCGGCGGGUCAUCAUCCAAGACGCCGUUCUUUGCCUGCAGCCUGUACCUGGAACUGGCAGGACCCUUUCGAAAAGUUUGAUUGAGAAGCUGCCUGAGAUCUUCCAGAGCCAACUGUUCCUGGAUUAUUCAAAGGAGCUCCUUCAAGCUAUUGAGCAAUAUCGGGAAACCUCUGGCGCCAUUGCUGCUGGUAUCCGUGUUGAUAGCGCAGAUAUUAUUGAGGCCAUCAACCGAUCUGCCUCACAACAGACCGUUCUCAACAGGACUCUGGCUGCCAUGGAAGCCAAGUACCAGCAGCAACUUCAACAGCAACAUGAGCGACAUACACAAGCAAUGGGGGUACAAAUGUCACAGUACGCCCAAUUGGUUAAGGAAUUCAAGGAGAUGCGCAACAGAUGCUUAUCCAGCAUCCUCAGCAACCUCGCUUCCAUCACCCGUCUUCUCAGCACCCUGACUUCUAUCCUCAACCUUCUCAGCACCCUGGCUUCUAUCCUCAACCUUCUCAGCACCCUGGCUUCUAUCCUCAACCUUCUCAACAUCCUCAGCAUCCUCAACAUCCUCAGUAUCUUCAACAUCCUCAACAUCCCCAUUUCCAUCCUCAACCUCUUCACCAUCAUGCUUCAUAUCAACAACAGCAACAACAGGCAUAACAAGCGCCAUUCGAUUAUAUAA